AGCGCCAAUGAGAAAGCGAGAAAUCUAGAGGAAACGGAUGUGACUUAAGGUUGCAGGCGGAAGUUGUAGAAUCCAUAGCACGACAAGGGUGUCAAAGAGCAGUGGGGUUGCUUUCUUGGCACAAUGGGUCGUCACUUCGGAGAUUUGGCCAAGAUAAGGCAUGUGAUCACCUACAGUAUUUCUCCCUUUGAGCAGAGGGCUUUCCCAAACUACUUUUCUAAGGGAAUCCCAAAUGUUUGGAGACGAUUCAAAACAUCUGUAUUCAAGGUUGCACCACCCAUGGUUCUGAUGUACCUGACCUACACAUGGGGCAAUCAUGUUCAUGAACAGACCAAAAGAAAGAACCCUGCAGACUAUGAGAAUGACCAGUGAAAUCGCUCAGCUGAGGAUGCAUCCAUGUGUAACUUCUUGUUUCUGUUCAAUAAAGAAAAUAUUUAUGUGAAAAAUGGAUUUCUGACUAGUUGCCAAUGAAUCACUUCAUCAUGCCUCUUUCAGUGUGAAUGAUCAAUGUCAGUACAGACAAUCUGACAAAUGUAUCCAUUUACCCUCCCUCUACUAUUCAUGGACAUUUUUAUUACUUGGUAGAGGUUUUUACAAAACCCUAAAUGUUGUCAUUGGCACAAGGAACCACAAUCUGCAAAUAAAUAAAUUCAAAUGUA